GAUGAGCCCUUAUCUGCCGGGACGCCGGUGAUAAGGCCAGUGAGAGACGCACGUGUCUUUUCUAGAGGUAUCCACUAUUCGCUACCCGAUUCCAGAGGUCUGCCUUAGACUGAAGGCUCGAGCACGAUCGACUGAGCUCGGUCUCCGCUGCAAUCUGCCGUUACCGUGAUGGCACAAAUCCUGUUCAUCGGAGUCAUUGUCUUCCUGGCUGGAACAAAUGCCCAAGCGCAGACGAACAGACCCAACAUGGUGUUCUUCCUCACGGACGACUUGGACUUGGAGCUUGGCAGCAUGCUGAAACCCCUCGUGAGGACACAAAUGCUCAUUGGAGACGACGGAGUGACUUUCGCCAAUGCGUACGUGACGACGCCACUGUGCUGCCCAAGCCGUUCGAGCAUCCUGACGGGACGGUACGCGCACAACGCCGGCGUCUUCAACAAUUCGCUCUCCGGAGGAUGCAGCUCGCGGGGCUGGCAGCGAGGUCCCGAGAGAAGCGCGUUCGCCGUGGACCUCCAGCGGGCCGGCUACGAGACCUUCUAUGCCGGGAAAUACCUCAACCAGUACGGCCACAAACGGGCUGGCGGCGUGCACCAUGUGCCUCCGGGAUGGACCAACUGGAACGGCCUGGUGGGAAACUCGGUCUACUACAACUACACGCUGUCGAUUAAUGGUACGGCGGAAAAGCACUACGAUAGCCCGAAGAAGGACUACCUCACCGACGUGCUGAGAGCCAAGACACUGUCAUUUCUAGAGGGCCGAGUAGAUCAGCGGCGUCCCUUCUUCAUGAUGGUGAGCACGCCUUCGCCGCAUUCGCCAUUCACGCCCGCAGUACGCCACAUGGACGCAUUCCCCAACCUGAAGGCGCCCAGGACACCGGCCUUCAACAUCAGCGCCAAAGGGACGAAGCACUGGCUAGUACGGCGGGCCAUCAACCCUAUACCGGAAGAUGUGGUUUCCUGGAUCGACGAAACCUACAGAAACAGAUUACGCACACUCCUUUCUGUGGACGAUAUGGUUGCAGACGUGCUGAGCUACCUGGCCUCAAAGCAGCUGCUGAACAGCACUUACGUAUUCUUCACGUCCGACAACGGCUACCACCUGGGUCAGUACUCGAUGCCGAAGGACAAGCGGCACCCCUACGAGACGGACAUUCACGUGCCCCUGCUGGUCAGAGGGCCUGGCAUCGUCGCCGGCAGGACGGAGCAGGGCGUGGCACUGAACGUCGACCUGGCGCCUACAUUUCUGGACCUGGCCGGCCUUCCAUCCCGCGGAGACAUGGACGGCGUCUCGCUGAAACCGCUGCUACUCGGUGAUGCGUCCCGCAGCAACCGGCCGAGGCAAAGCUUUCUGGUCGAAUACACAGGCGAGGGUGAGGAGAGUGAGCACCACGGGAAAUGCCCCGUGCUCCAAGACGUGUCGGGCUGUGACCCGGCUGUCGAGUGCGAAUGCCAAGACUCCAAAAACAACACGUACCUCUGCACGAGGCACAUAUCUGCAGAAGCCAACACCAAGAUCUGCGCGUUCGACGACGAUGAGAGUUUCGUGGAAAGCUACAACUUGACGGGAGACCCCUACGAGCUUAAAAACCUGUUCAUGUCCGGCGACGGCGCGCUCCGUGGCUACGAUGGGCGAACGUGCCUCAGCGAGCUCCGAUUCUGCCGGCGGGAGUCGUGCUACGUGGAUUGCUGGAAGUCGUCGUGGUAGAACGACAAGCCGUCGCCACGAACUAGCUCUGCCGGUAGAGCAUGCGCUUAUGGCGACAAGGUCCCGCCCAUGCGCGGCGAUGCACGCACGUAACCCUCCCCCGGAACUUUGUGAACUGUGUUCCCGACAGCUUCUGUUCGGGCAUGAACACACUUGGGGAUUUCUUUCAUGCACAGGCUAUUAGGAGCCCCUAAUGGGCACCUGAACCACGCCGAGUCAAAUUUUUGUUUUCGUAUUACGAUUAUAUGGCACUGCGCAAUGAACCCAACCGGCAGAAAAUGUACGGAAAUGUGCAGUGUGCAAUCAAUCAAUCAAUCAAUCAAUCAAUCAAUCAAUCAAUCAAUCAAUCAAUCAAUCAAUCAAUCAAUCAAUCAAUCAAUCAAUUUAAAUGCUUUUGCAUAAGCAAGAGAAACUUUACAACAUAUUUGUAUAGGUAAAACCAAGAACUCAAUGAAGAGUUGUCAGAGGGUUUGAUAUGUACGAGGUGUUUUGUCUUACCAUUAAAAUAAUUCCUAAACAUCACCCGCGACAUGCAGCACCAGUGACUAAAGUCAGGGGCCCCUUUUGGUGUUCCAGUAACUUUUAAGAUUCACUGCAUAAAGCCACUUUGUUAAAAAAGCAAGAGGAACAACAGUGCUUUUUUAUGGCAAGUUUGACGGUGCUCAGAUCAAAACUGGUGCUAGUUUCAAAAUUGGCUCCGAGUGGACGUGCUUUGUGCAAUCAUUGGUUUCAACUCCCGUAUUGCAAUAUAUGCGCUAAAGUAAUUACUUGAACAAUUAACUAGUGAAAUUCUGCGAAUUACUCAAUUAUGAGUACUGUUUAACAGUGUAAUGUAUACCUUUUCGAGUGCUCCAACUCAAUCAGUCGAUUUGUGCUAAAUGCCACAGGCAAUUUUUCAACAUUCUGUCAACGUUAAAAUAAAACGCCCGGUAUAAUGAAUACAAAAGACAAUAAGAACAGCCGUAGCCAUGAAAAGUAGAAUAGUCAUUGUUAUUAUCGCAGGAAAAGUGACACCCGAGCGUCUACCCACAGAAUUUUGAAUGUAAAUUCAAAGAAUAUGAAAGCGUCUGCGAUUGGAAGCAAUAGAGUGUUUUAGCUGAGCGCUUGCUGUCCGCUCCGCUCAGACCGGCAUAUGCUAGCAAACGCCACACAACCACUUCGCGUGGAAGCUAGUGCGCUUGCGCACAAUGCUCAUACCGUCAGCGGAACGAAGAUCGCAUCCCUCGCUCCGCUACGAAGCCGAUUGAGCGGAGCGUGACAGCGUGUCUACUUGGCCUCUUCGUCGUUUUGCAGCCGAGUUGAUAGCGCGUCGCUCACGUCUUGGCAAGACGCGCUUAUCAAAUGCGAAAACUACGCAGUCUCCUGCAGUAUCUCAGAGCGUGAAAUCUGAGCUGAGCGGAGCGUAAGCGGCGCUCUGCUAAAACUGUCUAAUAAAGCUUUACUUCACGCUAGCAACCACCUCCAUCGCCGAGCAUGCCCUCAUGCACCCCUGUACGUGCCUAGCAAACAUCAGAGACCGAAUUCACAAAGCUUUUUGUUUUUUAGUGAUAUCUUUAGCGUGAGAACUUUAUUGUGAAUACGCGUCCAGCGUUCGCCCUUGUUUCAUUCUAAUGUCACACUCUUUCCCGUCGACAUCACGGCUACUUUCGCCUCAGAAACCUCAGCCUCAAUAACCACAUCUCAACAAUAGGCGAAACUUUAGUACCAAUAAAUGGGAGUCAUGCGCUGGGUUUAGACGAUCGCCCUAAAACAUAGCGAAAAGCAAAGAACAAAAAAAAAAAAAAUCACCAACGUGAAAAUUGCCGUUUCUCGCUUUAUGGCGUCCACUUCAGACUACGUGAUUUCUACUCUAUAGCCCUCAAACUUCCACGUCACUGCUUUGCUAAGGUCUUCUCUGUAGGAGGCACCCGCGCCUAAUGUAUUAAUCAUAUCAGUGCCUCAGCGGUAGUGACAAGCUGUAAAGGUAAAAGCCGUGAAGAUUCUCGAGGGCAAAUUAUUGAACUACAAGUACUCAUUGAAGAAAGAAUAAAUAUAACAAGCGCAGUGACUCUAACCCGUUAAAUGUACGGGCUCUCAACCGACUGGCGGUGAUGUUACGUACAGCUCCUGCCUCCAGGCCUUGCAUAGCAUGAGAGAAGUGCAGGCGUGUACAAGCCUUAUAGAUAAGCAUUCACGUGCAGUCGACAGACAUUGCUGUUUCAGUUGUACGUUUAGACGUUUAAGUCCUUAUCUCAGAUGCUUGUACACCUUAACAUUCAUACGACUGUAAUGAAACCGUAAUUUUCAUUAGAACAGUCAAACAUAUCACACUACGAGUCCUAAUUCUGCUACACCAAAGGAAACAUUAUCCACGUAGUUAAUGCAUUGUGAACCCUUCUCAAAUGUGUCACUAAGUUGUGAGUAGCACUUUUGAAAAAGCAUUGCAAGCAUUGUACCGAUUGCACAAAAGUUGUAAACUCGUAUAGCUGGUUCGUCUUAGAUGCUCUACCAGGGCCGGUAUUUUGUAGUGAUGCCUUAUGACUUAUUCUAUACUAGUCUUAUCAUCCACCGCUCACGGCCGACUAAUCCCGUUGAUAACGCGAGCGGACCGUCGCUUUGACCAGUGACAAAGCGCGAUAAGCGCGAAAAGACAUUAUCCCCGGAAAGGCAUCGCUACAAAAUACCGGCCCACAACAAAUGCCCAGAACUGAGAUAUCUGUUUCUGGUGGAGAGUUACGGAUUUGUUAACAUCGUGCUUCAAUUUUCCUUGAAGCUUGACAAUUUUCGUCCAUUUUUUGUAAAACGUUUGAGCUUUUAAACCAACAUUCUGGGUCCGAAUUCCAGAAAAAAAAAGACUUCUUACGCUAGAAUUUUUGUAAGAAAGAAUUUUAGCCAAUCCUGAUGCCAGACAUAUCAUUAGCGGAGGCGGCCAGCCAAUGGCAAAGCGAACUUACGAAAGAAAAGCUUUGUGAAUCUGACCCCUGAUUAUUUAGGGUGCUAAAGUUUUACUUUCUCUCUCAAAUGGCAUUAAUGUCUCAUAUAGGUCCAGCGUUUGUCUCAUGAGAACAUUUAUACGUUUUAUAUAGGCAAUUUGCACGUACAGGGUCGACCACAUCUAAGGUGAACACGUCAUUAAUAUUCAAGCCGGUAAAUCCAUAGCGUUUAUUCUACUUCCCGAGUGAAAUGUUCGUUAUAUGAUGUGUAAUCAUGGUGUCGAUAAACACAAUAAUGACUUUUCGAAUUUUUCGAAGAACUGAACAUCAGCUUCUAUGAUGUCUUGAAUGCUAAUAAGAUGUUCACCUUAGAUGUGGACAACCCUGUACAUGGAAAUCUGCGCUUUUUUCGACAGCGAAAAUUAAAGCCUGCUCUUAAGCGGGUCGUUUCUUUAAUGAAACUCACUUAAGCUCGGCUGUCAAUCAAUCAUUUAACUAUGAAACCGUGAUGGUCUUGCGUACACACUGUACGUCUCGCGUCAAUAUGUUGUAGCGUAAUUCAAGCGUUACCUCAAGUAUCAUUAGCUCAAGUACCGUUAGUAUAUCAAGUAUUUAAAGAAUGAAGGGCAGGUGUAUGGGCAGUGCAUGGGAUCUGCCAGGAGUCACAAGGGCUUAAACUCUGCAGACCUAGCAGAUGCUUGAAGAUCAAGAACACGUGCUAUUGGAACGAAGAACCCAACAGUCCUCUUGAGGGAGCCCUACUUGAUGCUUCGGCAGUGAGUAGCUGGAUUCACGAUAGCCUGCUCUGUGGUCCCUCAUUGCAUUUCAAUUCCUCAUGCUCAGCUCUGGAGCGCAAUGUAAUCGGUUAGGUGAGCGAGUGAAAUCAUAGUUCCUGUGUCUUUAUAGUUGCGCAUGCCCGGUUAAAAAGCUUAAACAAAGACAGACACCAUGCAGAUGAAAGAAAUUUUACAGCGAAUCUGUAUAUGGCUUCGUUCUGGCGGAUCGCGUUCUCGGACAAAACGACACGUAGAACUACAAAGUGGGCCGAUCCUGGUGACGGUGCCGAAAGGGUGCAAGCUCAAUGGCACAAACCCCUGUGGCCUCGGGGACCUGUAACGCGCCCUUGAACUACCCUUGUCCCACGUGGGAUCCAAAGAGACAAAAACAAUGCGCCGGAGCGCUCCGAUCAACGCUGCUGCCCAAACUCUAGUCUAUGACGAUGCGUGUCGAAACGUCAAUGAUAAAACGUAAUGGUCUACCGACAAAUAGCUGUGUCUCAUACUCUCUUGACAUAGCCGUUUCUCUAGUGAAGUCAUCAGUUGCCCCUUGGACUCGGUAUGGGUAAGGCCAGUGUCGAUCGCUCCGAAGAGGAAGAGCGCGCAUUCAAGGAGUGCCGGUGCGCUCAACAGCGCUAAUAGACGCGAAAGCGACGAGAAGCCGGAAGCGCAGCGGCCCAACGUGCUGCGGCCGAUGGUGCAAGGUGGUGUGCCUCUAGUCGCCUAAACUCGCUUUCACUCGCACAUACAGCAUACGGCGCGCGCCGACGCAACGAAGUUAUGUGUUUUGUCUUUUCAACCAUUUAACUUGACCGUCAAGUGAAACAAUUUUAAAUAUAAUUAAACAAAGCCAACAGCUUUGCUGGUCUUCCAUCUUCACAUAGUGUAAGGGCUCUGAAUU